UGUAAAGCUUGUGGAAGAUAGAUGUAUGCGCUGCAAUGGUGACAUAAAUAUUUAAGAGGACUGGAACAAGCUGUUGAGAAUCUGUUUGUUUUUAAUGCUGCUGUUGAGAACAAUCUAAGGCAAGUAAACAACAUGAGUUUUAUCAUGAAACUUCACAGACAUUUUCAAAGAACAGUUAUUUUGCUGGCCACUUUUUGUAUGGUGAGCAUUGUUAUUUCUGCAUAUUACUUGUAUAAUGGCUACAAACAAGAAAAUGAACUUCCUGAAAUUGCUUCAGACAUGGAAUGUGGUGAUCUUCAACUAUUGCCAUACAAGCUGAUGGAGAUGAAAACCAUGAAGCCUAUUGAUCCCCUGAGGACUGAUCUUGUAGUGCUCGUGUUUGUGGAAAGUCAGUAUUCAGCAUUAGGCCAAGAUAUAAUAACUAUUUUAGAAUCCAGCAGAUUUGAAUAUCAUAUUGAGAUUGCACCUGGAAAAGGUGAUCUCCCAGUGCUUAUAGACAAAAAUAAAGGCAAAUAUGCUCUCAUAGUAUAUGAAAAUAUUCUAAAGUAUGUAAAUAUGGACUCUUGGAACAGAGGCCUUCUAGAUAAGUACUGCAUAGAAUAUGGUGUAGGUGUUAUUGGAUUCCACAAAGGCAGUGAGAACAACUUGCAGAGCUUUCAGUUGAAGGGCUUUCCUUUCCUUGUCCACAGCAAUCUGGGUAUUAAGGACUGUUGCAUUAACCCUCAUUCUCCAUUGCUCCAUGUGACGAAAUCCUCUAAACUUGAUAAAGGUCCUUUGCUUGGAAAUGACUGGGCAGUUUUCCAGAUUAAUCAUACAGCUUAUCAACCAGUGAUAUUUGCAAAAGUAAAGACAUCAGAAAACCUGUCACCACCUACCACUAAAAGUAUCCUCCAUGCCACCGUAAUUCAUGACCUGGGGCUCCACGAUGGGAUUCAGCGAGUCCUCUUUGGCAAUAACUUGAAUUUUUGGCUGCACAAGCUGAUUUUUAUAGAUGCCAUCUCUUUCCUGUCUGGAAAGAAACUCAGGCUAUCCUUGGAUAGGUACCUGCUGGUUGACAUAGAUGACAUCUUCGUUGGAAAGGAGGGAACAAGGAUGAACGCCAAUGAUGUCCAGGCUCUGCUUGACACUCAGAAUCUUUUGAGAGCUCAGAUUACGAAUUUUACUUUCAACCUGGGAUUUUCUGGGAAAUUUUAUCAUACAGGCAUUGAGGAGGAAGAUGAAGGUGAUGACCUGUUGUUGAGGUCAGUAGAUGAGUUUUGGUGGUUUCCCCAUAUGUGGAGUCACAUGCAGCCUCACCUCUUCCACAAUGAGUCGUCACUGGUGGAGCAGAUGAUCCUCAACAAAAAAUUUGCCUUAGAGCAUGGUAUUCCAACUGACAUGGGCUAUGCAGUGGCUCCACACCACUCUGGAGUCUAUCCAGUACAUGUUCAGCUUUAUGAUGCCUGGAAGAAGGUGUGGAACAUCCGGGUUACCAGCACAGAAGAAUACCCACAUCUGAAGCCAGCAAGGUACAGACGGGGCUUCAUCCACAAAAAUAUCAUGGUCCUUCCAAGGCAAACUUGUGGCUUAUUCACCCACACAAUUUUCUAUAAGGAAUAUCCUGGAGGCCCAAAGGAGCUAGACAAAAGUAUCCAAGGAGGAGAAUUGUUCUUCACAGUAGUUCUCAAUCCAAUUAGCAUCUUCAUGACACAUUUGUCUAACUACGGGAACGACCGCCUGGGAUUAUACACCUUUGUGAACCUGGCCAACUUUGUUCAUACCUGGACAAACCUGAAACUGCAAACUCUUCCCCCGAUUCAGCUGGCUCACAAGUACUUUGAACUAUUCCCUGAGCAAAAAGACCCUCUCUGGCAGAAUCCCUGUGAUGACAAACGUCACAGAGAUAUUUGGUCUAAAGAAAAAACCUGUGAUCGAUUACCGAAAUUCUUGGUUGUAGGACCCCAGAAAACUGGUACCACAGCUUUGUAUUUGUUCCUGAUCAUGCAUCCUUCCAUCAUUAGUAACUCCCCUAGCCCAAAAACCUUUGAGGAGGUACAGUUCUUUAAUAGAAAUAACUACCACAGGGGGAUUGAUUGGUAUAUGGAUUUCUUUCCCACUCCUUCCAAUGUCACCACCGACUUCCUCUUCGAGAAAAGCGCCAACUAUUUCCAUUCAGAGGAAGCUCCUAAACGAGCUGCUUCCCUCAUCCCCAAGGCCAAGAUCAUCACCAUCCUCAUUGAUCCAUCGGAUCGGGCGUACUCCUGGUAUCAGCAUCAGCGGUCACAUGAAGACCCCGCAGCUCUAAAAUUCAGCUUCUAUCAGGUGAUCACAGCUGGACCUCGAGCCCCUUMCGAGCUUAGAGCUCUGCAGAAGAGAUGCCUGGCGCCUGGAUGGUAUGCUACCCAUAUUGAAAGAUGGCUAACUUACUUCCCACCUUAUCAGUUGCUAAUUAUUGACGGACAGCAGCUGAGAACUGACCCAUCUACUGUGAUGGAUGAAGUGCAGAAAUUUCUGGGAGUCUCUCCUCAUUAUAAUUACUCUGAAGCCCUAACGUUUGAUUCACAUAAAGGUUUCUGGUGUCAGCUCCUGGAAGAAGGAAAAACCAAGUGUCUUGGAAAGAGCAAAGGUAGAAAAUACCCUCCUAUGGAUUCUGAGUGCAGGGCUUUUCUGUCAAACUACUACAGAGAUCACAAUGUGGAACUGUCGAAACUCCUACACAGACUGGGACAACCUCUGCCGUCAUGGCUAAGACAGGAGCUGCAGAAAUUCUUCCAGUUCCCAAACUCUUAGACCUCAAAGGCAAAUGAGACCUCUUUUUUUGUCCUUAUGGACUACAUGGGUGAAUGACGGAUGAAGAAGACACAUCAGUCAGCAUCAAAGGACAAAUCACAGGAACAAGAAAAGAAAAAUCAGAUGAAACCAAGAGCUAGGGAAAACUGAAUGGAAGAAGACUUUAGACGAAGUGCUUUCAGAGACGAGCAACUGUUGCCAAGUUUUCCCAAGGAAGAACGUUGUGAAGUAUGUCUUGCACAAGGAAGGGUUAAGAAUGAAGCUUUGAGCGGGAACAAUUUCAGUUCACCAGUUAUAUUUGGCCACUAAGUUGG